AUGUUUAAUCUGCGCAUUCUCUGUCGGGAUCACCCUCGGCGCACCAUUGCCUUAGUCACCGCCGACCAUGUUCUGGUCUUCCACUACAGCCCCGCCGAUACUGGCGAGAAGAGCGCUGCGCGCUGUCAGGUGGAAUUCGCCGAGAUCUCGUCCGUCGAGCUGGAAGGCUAUCGUUCGCUGGGCGAAGGAUAUGGAACCCUCGGUCUAAUUACGUUGAACGACGAUAUCUUUGUCUGUGUGGUGACGGGCUCAUCACAGGCCGCCACUGUGCGGCCCGGGGAAGCGGUGUCGCGGAUUGACAACGUCGGCUUCUAUUGCCUCAACCGUCCAGAAUAUGAUUAUGGCGUGGACUAUGAGUCCGGCUCUCAAUUCGCUGCGGAGGGCGGAGGUCCCGAGGGCAGGGACGUGGUGACAGACCACCCUUUCCUGGCUUUGAAAAAGCUUCUCGGAGAUGGGAGCUUCUACUACAGCCUGGACUUUAACCUGACAGAUCGUCUGCAGGACCGUGCGGAUAAAUCAGCGGCCUUCGACAUCGACUCGCUCGAUGAGGACAUGCUUUGGAACUCAUACAUGAUCAGGCCACUGUUACGCUUUCGAAGCAAUUUGCCGCCUUCAGAACGGGCCAGAUUGGAUGCUUCUCAGAUGCUGACAUGUAUCAUUCGAGGCCACGCCAGUACGCUCACAAUCCCAGCAUCGGUCCCGAUCCUUCCGCAGGCACGCGAUUCAAUUCGCGAGGUAUUGAUGAUGAUGGACAUGUGGCCAACUUUGUGGAGACGGAGACGAUUCUCUGGGUUUCCCCGGAGCAUCACCUUUUCCUAUGUACAAGUCCGCGGUUCGGUGCCCAUUUUUUGGGAGCAAACGCCUGGGUUUAUCCCUGGCCAGCAGAAGAUCGAAGUCACUCGAUCAAGUGAGGCUACACAGCAUGCGUUCGAUGAACAUUUCGAAGGACUUGAGUUGGAAUAUGGGGCAGUGCAUGUGGUCAACCUCCUCAGUGAGCAGAAGCCGGGGGAAGCCGAACUGUCGGCCAAGUUCCGGAAACACAUCUCCAGAAGCUCACUGAGGCGAAAAGAAGAAACAGAGCAAGCUGCCAGCCAUAGUCUUCUGCGAAUGACGGACUACGACUUUCAUGCUGAGACUCGAGGGCCUUCUGGGUACGGCGCGAGUAGCCAAAUCAAAUAUGAGCUGGCAAACUCUUUGGAAGGGUUUUCGUACUUUUUGUCGGAAGAUGUUACCCGCUCGAAUGCAUCCAUUUAUGGGGAUGCAGUCAGCAGCUCUGCGGUAAUAUUGCAACAGGAGGGUGUCUUUCGGACCAAUUGCUUGGAUUGCUUGGACAGAACCAACCUCGUCCAGACCAUCAUCAGCGUGAUGGCAUUGGAAUCAUUCCUCUCGCAACAAGGUACACGUCUCAAUUCGGAUUUGGAAAUGAGGCACUCAACCCUCUGGGCCGACAAUGGUGAUGCGCUCUCCAAAAUUUAUGCCGGCACAGGUGCUCUCAAGUCCUCAUUCACCCGGCAUGGAAAGAUGUCGCUCGCCGGAGCGCUUGCGGACGCGCGGAAAAGCGCAACUCGGCUGUAUGUGAACAACUUCACUGACAAAGCCCGGCAAAAUACGAUCGAUUUGCUUCUGGGAAGGCUGGCGAACCAAUUGUCAGUUCAUCUGUAUGAUCCCAUGAACGAUCUGGUUUCCGAAGAACUGAGUCGGCGUGUGUCUGAAUUCUCCUCGACGAAACGUAUCCAGAUCUGGGUCGGCACGUUCAACGUCAAUGGACGCCUUCAAGGCCCUGAAACCGACCUCACUCCAUGGCUUUUCCCGGAUAUCGCCCAAUCGAACGAGGAUCCGACCAUUUUCGUGGUUGGAUUUCAGGAAAUUGUCGAUUUGAGCCCUCAGCAGAUCAUGUCCACUGAUCCUGGCACUCGAAAAGUGUGGGAAGGAGCCGUCAAAGCCUGCUUGAACCAACGUGCGAAAGCCAAGGGAACGAGCAAGUACGUGCUCUUGAGAAGCGGCCAGCUGGUUGGGGCCGCCCUGAUCAUUUUGGUGAAGGAGGACGCUCUGAAGGAUAUCAAGAAUGUCGAGGGAAGCGUGAAAAAAACCGGCCUUUCAGGGAUUGCUGGCAACAAAGGAGGCUGUGCUAUCCGGUUCGACUUUUCAAACACCAGUAUUUGCUUGGUCACUGCCCAUCUAGCUGCUGGGUUCGCAAACUACGACGAACGAAACAAGGACUACGAGACUAUCGACCGGGGUCUGCGAUUCCAGAAGAAUCGAGUAAUCGAAGAUCACGAUACGAUCAUUUGGCUCGGGGACUUCAACUAUCGCAUUGGUCUGGGGAAUCAAGAAGUGAGAGACUUUGUCUCCCGCAAGGACUACCGAAAGCUCUACGAAAAUGACCAGUUGAACCUGCAAAUGAUUGCUGGCCAAUCCUUCCAAUUCUACUCUGAGGGACCGAUUAAUUUUGCUCCAACUUACAAGUACGAUGUGGGGACCACUCAAUAUGACACCUCUGAGAAAGCCCGCAUUCCCGCCUGGUGUGAUCGGAUCUUAUGGCGAGGGAACAAUAUUCGCCAGACCAACUACCAGACUGCCGACCUGCGAGUCUCGGAUCAUCGUCCCGUCUGGGCGACCUUUGACUGCGUGAUUGACGUCGUGGAUAAUGUUCUCAAAGAUAACCUGAGACGGUCAUUGUACGAGGAAAAACAGAGGAGUCUCACAAAGCAAAUGUCCCUUUUAGACUUGGAAGACGAGGAAGAAGCCAUGCUGCAGGUUCCCAUCGCAACUGGCCUCCCACCACCGAGUUCGGAUCGCAGCAAAUGGUGGUUAGAUAACGGUGCUCCCGUGAAAGCAACGGUUCAUCCACCCCGGAGCGGACUUGUAGCAAAUGUUCAACGCAAGUCAAAUCCCUUUUCCUCAGAUGUGAAGCCCGAUUGGGUUCCAUCGACUGGAGACCCAGGCAUAACACGAGAUGGCAAGCCUGCUCUGCCUCCGCGAACUGGAUCGCAAGAUCGGCUCGGGGACUCUUCACCGACGGUGCAGACUCUUCCCGGCCAGAAACAGCCGAACAGAAUCCCUGAAAAAUCGCCACCGGCCAUCCCACGAAAGCCAUUGUCGCUGAGCUCGCCCUCGGAGCGUCGGUCCCCGUCCCAAUUUGCGGGCAAGUCUUCAUCGUCUGGACCAACUACCGCAAACGCCACUGCCAGUCCGGCUGAUCUCCUCGAUGGCGCUGGCGCCGAGCAGAUCGAGUGGAAACCCCUUCUUCCACAGUGA